AUGGAUCUAUCUCUGUUCUGCCAAAGUAACCUUCUUUAUACACAGGAGUCAUUGUCAAAAUAUCAGCCUGGGGGAUACCAUCCAGUCAACCUCGGAGAUACAUUUGAAAAUGAUCGUUAUAAGAUACAUCACAAGUUAGGAUGGGGUGGCUUUUCCACAGUAUGGCUUGCGAAAGACAGAGAGUCAGUUUAUCCUGUAGCCGUCUCAUGUGCCUCCCACCCUGACAAGGUAUGGGGCGCUAAUCUCACGCCAGCCGAAAUCAAUGGGUCUCUUUGA